CUGAGUGCCGCGCAUGUGUAGCUCCUCUCUCGGCCAGUGUUUGCUGCUGAGUGUGUUUCGGUUGGCGAUUCUCGUCUGCUGGAUCUCCCUCCCCUCCCAGUCGGUGUGUGCUCUUCAGCGAAAACUUAACGGCCUCUUCAGACCUGGUGGAUACUUCACACAAAGUGUCUGAUUGCAGGUAUGGAAAGGAGGACCCAGUGCUAGAUCAGAUAAAAUGGCAAUUCCACCAACUUAUGCAGAUCUUGGAAAAGCAGCCAGAGAUGUUUUUACCAAAGGCUAUGGAUUUGGUUUAAUAAAGCUUGACUUGAAAACUAAGUCAGAAAAUGGGCUGGAAUUCACAAGUGCUGGUUCUGCCAACAUGGAUACUGGAAAAGUCACUGGUAGCCUGGAAACAAGGUACAAGUGGGUGGAUUAUGGACUGACAUUCACAGAAAAAUGGAAUACCGAUAAUACUUUGGGAACUGAAAUUACCAUUGAAGAUCAGCUUCUGAAAGGUUUGAAGAUUGGAUUUGACUCUUCGUUUUCACCUAAUACUGGAAAGAAGAGUGGAAAAAUCAAGAGUGGCUACAAGAGGGAACACAUCAACUUGGGACUUGAUGUCGACUUUGAUAUUGCAGGGGCUGCCAUACGUGGAGCCUUUGUGUUUGGUUUUGAUGGGUGGUUAGCAGGAUAUCAAAUGACCUAUGAAACUGCAAAAUCUAGGGUCUCCCAGAGUAACUUUGCUGUUGGUUACAAGACAGAGGAAUUCCAGCUCCAUACAAAUGUGAAUGAUGGUACAGAAUUUGGAGGAUCCAUUUAUCAAAAAGUCAGUGAAAAUCUUGAAACUGGCAUCAACCUAGCUUGGACAGCUGGGAAUAGCAAUACCCGAUUUGGUAUUGCAGCAAAAUACAUGAUUGAUGAUGACGCAACGUGCUCGAUUAAAGUGAACAAUUCAAGUCUGAUUGGACUUGGAUACUCUCAAAUGCUAAAACCAGGUAUUAAGUUAACCCUUUCAGCACUGCUGGAUGGCAAGAAUAUUAAUGCUGGUGGACAUAAACUCGGUCUUGGAUUCGAAUUUGAAGCAUAAUCCCGGAAAUGGGGAAACCUACAAUCAGUAAAUCCCAAAUAUUUCCCAGUGUAGCAACCCGAAGAAUCUGCUAUUCAAUUUUUUUGUUGAGCCGUGUGUCCAAACAAUGUUGUAAAAUCAAAUUGUGUUCUUCAGAUACGAUCCUUUGAAGAACAGAAUGCAUUAUCAAAACACGUCAUUAUGACUAUUUAUUGUAUCCCUUAAACACUUGAAAUUCACCUGUACAUGUCUUUUUUUCCCUGGUGAAGACUGGUUGUAUGUGGCAUAAAAACAAAUUACACACUUUAUUACUGUUGGUUGAAAUAGUGGUUCCCUAACCUGUGCAUCAAUGAAAAGGUUGAUACGACACAGCCAUAUGGAGAGAUUUGUAUGUUUCCAGCUGGUGUUCGUGAUGGUUGGGCUUAAUAGAAAGUUUAAAAAAAAAACACACACACAAAAGAAAUUUAGUGUACAGUCUUUUUGAAAAUUUGCCUGUUGUGCAUUUCUUAGCUUGAAAUAAAUAUUGUCUUCCAUGUUCUAGGCCUAAAGUUAAAGGAAAUUAUGUAGCCUAAUUUGUCCAGUUCUAUCAGCCCUGAAAAGAGACAUAUUUAACAUUACUUUGUGGUUGUCUUGUUAAAGUCGACAAAAAAAAACACUACAUCAGCUGAUGUUCAUUAUGCAAGGAAAUGGUGGAGGGCCCAUCUACAGGUAUCAGCCAUAUUCAUUUAGCUUGAAUAUGCCUUUUAAUUUCCUGGAUCUUUUAAACACUGAGUCCAAAAUACCUCACUCCUGCAGCAAUGGAGUUAGCAGCAGCAACCUCCACUCCCCAAUCUACCAUAAGUAUACAGUGCCAGAGCUAAGUCAUGCCAAUAUAGGUGCCAUCGUGGGCAUUUGCGAGGGUGGGGCAGGUGGAGCAGGAACAACAAUACUGACAAGCCAGUCAGUGAUAGGCCAGAGACACUGAUGCAUCAAUUUAUUGCUGUGCCAAUCAGCCUCUUUUACAAGGGCCAAUAUUGACUAUUUCUGGAUUAAGGGGGAUAUUUCUGACCAUUGAAAGGACCUGUGUCAAGGUAUUUGGAGGCCAAGACCGAGGAAAUUCCCAAUGUGGGAACUCCUGGCUGCGCCCUUUCUGAUUCCAAAUGCUGUGUUUGGGCUGACAGAAGCUCCACCUGCUGGGAGCUUUUAUAAAUUUGGUGCAAGGAUAGGGUCCUGCAGAAAGAUUCAACUCCAUUUAACUUGCAUCACAGGAUUGUUGUUAGAAGAAUUUUGGUCCCCGUGUAUCUUUUGGUUAAAUCUACUUUCUUGCUCCAAAAUAAAAACAGAAGUCAGUGUAAUCUGGCAUUAUCCUUAGAUGAAGUUAUCUGAUGCUUGAUUUGUAGUUAAAAUAUUUACAAUAUUUGUAAUCUGUAUGCAAAGAAUUUUUUAACAGACAUGAAAAUGUGAAAAGAAGUAAUGAAUUUCACAUUCAUGUGCAUCUGCGUUGCAUUUUAGCAGAAGCAAUUCUUUUAAAAAUAGGUACUUUUUAAACAAAGUCUUACUUUUGUUGCCUAUGUCAUUAAUGCAACAUAUGUGCUGAUCACUCCAAUAGACUACAUUUCUUGCCCCCGACCACCCUCACAAGGUGUACACUUUUACAGUUUACAGAAUUUUCUGUGACAUCUCCAUGUGCUUAAGUAUUGAUAUCUGAAUUCAUUACUUGGGGUCUGCAAGAAAGUAUUAGAUAUGCCAAAAAUAAUUUUCACACGUGGCUGGCCUAAACUGUUUAAAAAUAUUUCACUUGUUUUGCAAGUUAAGACUGUCGUGAAUAGUUCCAAGAGAGCUUUCUUUGGAAUGGACACGUUAAGUUCUAAGUUUGCUUUGAUACAUGUUAACUCAAUUUCUUUUUUUCAGCAUUGUUUGUAAAAAGUCAGAAUUCUCUGUAAAACCAUUUAAAAAGGCAUGCAGUCUUUGCAUGCAUGGAAACCAUUUUGAGUUACUGCACCAUUCUCAUUGUAAUGUAUAAUGUAGAACUCUAGUUCUUUGCUUAAAGUCUUAUCUUUUCAUUUUCUAUUGGUAUAAUUGUUAUAAUUUUUCAGGCUUUACAUUUCUGUGGUGGUGUAAAACCAAAAAAUACAGUAGAGUUCAACUAAGUUAAGAUUGUUUAGCUGGUGCUUAGAAGUGCAAAUAAUGUGAUACUGAACACCCUUUCUCCCCAAAACGUAAACGCAAAUCUCCAUAAAGGUACCUGAUGAUAGAUUAAAUAUUUCAAUUAAUCUGCUUUUUUAGCUUAUUGAAUAAUUUCUUUUUCCAUGAGUAAAUUAAUGACCUGUAGCCAUACUUUAGUUUUAGGUACUUCUGUGUAUGAUCUCUUAGUGAUUCUUUCCCACUUUACAGCUGUUAAGAAUUCCAUAUAAUGUUUAAAAAAAACAACAAAAUAAUGCAGUUACAAGAAAUCUGAAAGAAAAUAGAAAAUGCUGCAAAUACUCACCAGUUUUAAAUAGGAUCUGUAAAAAGAGGACGAUUGUGUUAAUGCUUGAGAUAUGUGAUCUUUUGUCAGAACCAGUUCAUAUGCUGCCUGACCUGUUAAGUGUGGUCAGCAUUUUCUGCUUUUAUGCAAAAUAACAAAGUUAUCAUAUUUAAAAUGGAUAUAAAUAUAGAAUUUUAUAAAUCGGAAAGAUAAUGUCAUUUUUGAACAUUUUGGGUUAGCUUUCAGGAGAUUUUAAUGUGCACGUUUAUUCCUUUCAACAGUUAGGCCAUAUGAUUUUAGGGCUUGACCUAAUGAAACUCAAUAAUUGCCCCAGAAGAUGACUUGCUAAGCUUUUCCUCACAAAUCCUUAAAUACAAAGUCCUGAAGCUAAAUUGUGUUCUUCCUGUCUCUUUCUUAUCAUGAUUCAUGGCAUGUGGUAUAUGCACCUCUCCUUUGCAAAAUUACAGUUUCAGUUCAUUGCCCAGAAUUGUACUGAUUAGAUGUUUUUUCACUUUUAACUUCCCAAUUAAACCCAAAGUGUUCUCUCAAAAAAACAUGUUGCCAUAUUUUUGUUCCUAAAAAGCACAUAGUUGCUUGUAGCUCAUUUCUUACAUUUUUUAAAUCUAAAAUUCAGUAAAAAAAAUAUAAAAGGCAGAUGAACAAUCUACAGUGUAACCCGAGAGAACCUCCCAUGAUAUUUUAUUGGUUUCCUGUUCCUGUUUUCACAGGUCUCCAAGUGAAGUCAUACGACAUUGUACUUUGGCACAUCCUUUGUCGUUGCUUCUGUAUUUUACCUGUGCAACUUAAUUCUUGUUGCUUAAAGUCUAUCUAAUGAAUCAGAGUAUAGUUGCACCUCAAUGUGACAAGCCUAAACCUGAGUUGAUCCACAAGUGGGUGAGGUUCCCAAUUCACACUUAUCUAGUUUAGACUUGCUUUAGUAUAUUUCAUACCAGUUUUGCAGUAAAAAUAUUUGUAUGGUGAACUGUAUACCACAGUAGUGUUAUACCCAACAUUGCUGUGUGUGUACUUUCUGUGGGAGUUAUGCAAUGUAGUACCUCUGGAAACCUCCGCACAAAUAUUGACUCCUCUGUCAAUACAGUUGCAGACCACUCAAAGAUCUGCUCUUGUCAUACAAUCAAUUGUAUAAAAGCAUGAGCAAUACACUACAAGAUAUAGCUGACUUGUCGGCUCCUAUGUAGUAUGUAUUUCAUUGAAGUGUUGUUCUGGCAAUUGCAGUAUUUGAGGAAAGGUUUCAAUUCUAAUGCAAAAUACAACAAAAGUUGUAAUGGGAGUGUUACCUUUGUUACAAUUUCUGAUGCACAACCGCUAACGUAUUGAAAAUACAAUAAAUUUUCUUUUGUGUGCAA